AUGAAAUUGCCAUGCAGUGUAAUAUUCUUUGUGCUUUGCACAUCCUGGAUUUGUGCAGCGGAGCACACCAUUAUCCCUGCAGACUUGGAAGACCGAAUUCAUUCAACGGAACCAGUAACAACUGAAACAACAGCAGCAAAGGAUUCAGAUGAUCUGGAUAUCAAUGUUCCUGCCAACAUCACAGAAGAGGAUUUAGAGCUUACACUGACACAGGAAUCAGAAGCUACAAAUGAAAUUGAACCAGAAGCCCACGGUACCAACUAUGCCAACGAUACCGACGGUACCAACAGCACCAACAGAGCAAACUCCACCAACAGUACCAACAGAGCCAACAGAACCAACCGUACCAACGGUACCGACAGUACCAACGGUACCAACUAUACCAACAGAGCCAACUCCACCAACACUACCAACGGUACCUACAGAACCAACAGAGCCAACAGUACCAACGGUACCAACAGAGCCAACAGUACCAACGGUACCGACAGUACCAACGGUACCAACUAUACCAACGGAGCCAACUCCACCAACACUACCAACGGUACCUACAGAACCAACAGAGCCAACAGUACCAACGGUACCAACAGAGCCAACAGUACCAACGGUACCGACAGUACCAACGGUACCAACAGAGCCAACAGAGCCAACUCCACCAACACUACCAACGGUACCUACAGAACCAACAGAGCCAACAUUACCAACGGUACCAACAGAGCCAACAGUACCAACGGUACCGACAGUACCAACGGUACCAACAGAACCAACAGAGCCAACAGUACCAACGGUACCGACAGUACCAACGGUACCAACUAUACCAACAGAGCCAACUCCACCAACACUACCAACGGUACCUACAGAACCAACAGAGCCAACAGUACCAACGGUACCAACAGAGCCAACAGUACCAACGGUACCGACAGUACCAACGGUGCCAACUAUACCAACGGACCAACUCCACCAACACUACCAACGGUGCCUACAGAACCAACAGAGCCAACAGUACCAACGGUACCAACAGAGCCAACAGUACCAACGGUACCGACAGUACCAACGGUACCAACAGAGCCAACAGAGCCAACUCCACCAACACUACCAACGGUACCUACAGAACCAACAGAGCCAACAGUACCAACGGUACCAACAGUACCAACGGUACCGACAGUACCAACGGUACCAACAGAGCCAACAGUACCAACGGCCCACGGUUCCAACCAUACCAACUAUACCAACAGUGCCUACUGUACCAACUCUACCAACUAG